CUGAUCUAGCAGGAUGCAGGACCCCUAACCUCUGUCUUAACAGUGCUGAUUGGCCCUGUGCUGAUCACAUGCACUUUCCCAAGAAAAAAAACCUUUCUAGCAAUAUACACCAAACUGAUCAUGUAUAGAGUGACUUCACACAAUAAGUCUUAUCAGGAGAAGGGGAGGAUCAGAGAAGUCAGAAUCAAACAGCGUUUUUACACAAUGCAGAGGAUUACCUCCUUAGGUUCCACAAUGAGUAUAACAAGCAUGCUUUACUGCAUAUACACACUGAUUUUACUGUUGUGGGUUUAG